AUGACAACUGCAAACUCCAGCAAUAUCCUCUCCUCCACCUUCUAUCUCACAGGUAUCCCUGGAUAUGAGGAAUUUCACCACUGGAUUUCCAUCCCAUUCUGUCUCCUCUACCUUGUUGGAAUCAUGGGUAACUGUACUAUCCUACAUAUUGUCCAGACAGACCCCAGGCUCCAUCAGCCCAUGUACUACUUCUUGGCCAUGCUUUCUCUCACUGACAUGGGCAUGUCCUUGCCCACAAUGAUAUCACUCUUCAGGGUGUUGUGGUCCCUUUCCAGGGAGAUCCAGUUCAACACCUGUGUGGUCCAAAUGUUUUUCAUUCACACUUUCUCCUUCACUGAAUCAUCUGUGCUCUUGGCCAUGGCCCUUGACCGAUAUGUGGCCAUCUGCCACCCACUAAGAUAUGCUACCAUUUUCACUCCAACACUUAUCACUAAAAUUGGAAUUGCAGCCCUGCUCAGAAGUGCCCUUCCUGUGAUUCCACUUCUGGCCCGGCUGGCCUUCUUUCCAUUUUGCCAUUCUCACACCCUUUCUCAUUCUUACUGUCUGCACCAGGAUGUGAUCCGCCUUGCUUGUGCUGACACUAAGUUUAAUGUUAUUUAUGGGUUAGUUCUGAUCACUUUGCUGUGGGGAAUGGACUCUCUGGGUAUUUUUGUGUCUUAUGUUUUCAUCCUUCACUCAGUAUUAAAAAUUUCAUCUCAGGAGGGGAGAUUUAAGGCUCUCAACACAUGUGCAUCUCACAUCUGUGCUGUACUUAUUCUUUAUGUGCCUAUGAUUGGGCUCUCUAUUGUCCAUCGUUUUGCCAAACACUCAUCCCCUCUCAUCCACAUCUUCAUGGCACAUAUCUACCUGCUAGUUCCACCUGUGCUCAACCCAAUCAUCUAUAGUGUGAAGACCAAGCAGAUCCGCCAAGGAGUUCUCCACCUGCUUUUCACCCUAAAACUCAGUUCUUCUGUGAUGUAG